GCGUGUCCAGCCCACAGUGCAGUGACAGCAGCCCUCAUUGGCCACCGACCUGUUGCCAUGACGACUCCAUACAACCGCACCUGUAGCAUGUUAGCAUGUUGCUAACAGCCUGUAGAGCCGGCAGCACGGUGUAAAGACAUCCGCAGAUGGAGAGCUGUCUGCCCGCCUGCCAUCCCGACUCUCCCCCGGCACAGGAGUCGCGUUAAAUCCGACGCAGACGAUGAGUUGCACCUGAAGCAAAUUUCAGCAUCAGCUUCAAACACAAAGACUUCAACCAGACCAGAAGACGGUGUGUUCGCUGUGGUGUGCAGUGUCGUUCGCUCUCUCUUCUGCCGUUGAGAGACAUGACUUGGUUUAUAUUUCCUGCUGACAACCUGCUGUGCAGGUGUCUUAGCAUCGGCGUCACCGUGUGGUUGUCUGCUCUAUUUGUCUUCAUAAUCGUGCCAGCUGUACUCGGAGUCUCUUUUGGUAUCAGGAGACUCUACAUGAGGACACUUCUCAAGAUCUUUGAGUGGGCAACCUCACGAAUGGAGAUGGGAGCAAAGGAAAAGAAGGAGCACCUCUAUAAGCCAUAUAGCAGUGGAAUCAUAGCCAAAGAACCACCGUCGUCUUUGCAGCAGGAGAUCCAGGAGCUCCGCGGUUUAGCCAGCUGUCUGCCGUCAGAGCCGGAGUUUGAGAUGUCUGACAUCCUCUACUUCUGCCGGAGAGGUGUGGAGAGCAUCAUGGAUGACGAGGUGACAAAGUGUUUUACAGCCCAGGAACUGGAGAGCUGGAACCUGCUGACUCGAAGCAACUACAACUUCCGUCAUAUAAGUGUGAGACUCACUGUGCUGUGGGGCCUCGGCGUGCUCAUCCGCUACGGCGUCCUGUUGCCUCUCAGAGUUACUCUGGCAGUCACUGCUAUCAGUCUGCUGCUAGUUCUGACCACUUUAGUGGGCCUUUUACCAAAUACAGAGCUAAGGUUCCUCCUGAGUCAGAAGGUUCAUCUAAUGUGUUACCGCAUCUUUGUCAGAGCUCUCACAGCAAUCAUCACCUAUCAUAACAGCGAAAACAAACCAAAGAAUGGCGGUAUCUGUGUGGCCAAUCACACAACACCCAUUGAUGUCAUCAUCUUGGCCAAUGACGGCUGCUACUCGAUGGUUGCCCAGGUGCAUGGAGGGUUGAUGGGAAUGAUCCAGCGAGCCAUGGUCAAAUCUUCUCCUCACAUCUGGUUUAAUAGAUCAGAAGUCAAAGACAGACACCUAGUGGCCAAGAGACUUGGCGAUCAUGUUGCUGACAAAACCAAACAGCCCAUCCUGAUCUUCCCUGAGGGCACUUGCAUCAACAACACAUCGGUGAUGAUGUUCAAAAAGGGCAGCUUUGAAAUCGGCUGCACCGUCUAUCCAGUUGCUAUAAAAUACGAUCCUCGGUUUGGGGAUGCUUUCUGGAACAGCAGUAAGUUUGGCAUUGUGAAUUAUCUGCUGAGGAUGAUGAGCAGCUGGGCCAUCGUCUGCAGUGUUUGGUACCUGCCACCUAUGAACAGAGAGGAAGGGGAGGAUGCAGUGCAGUUUGCCAACAGAGUGAAAGCAGCCAUAGCUGCACAAGGAGGAUUAGUCGAUCUCAUCUGGGAUGGAGGGCUGAAACGAGCCAAAGUGAAAGAUGCUUUCAAAGAAGAGCAGCAGAAACUUUACAGUAAGGUUCUUGUAGGUGAGCAGGACCAGGAGGACCGGAGUGACAGCAAGCAUUUAGAGGAUGAAAAUCCAGAGGAGGAAAAAAGCCAACAAGAUUUAACAGAAGGACAAUGAGGACACAGCGAAUGAUUGACUCUUCUUACAUAAUGGUGACUGUGAAUUAUCAGAAGUAGAAGUUUAUAUUGAUUAUUCCUAUACCUGUGUCGUUUUAACCAGAAUCAGAAUGAAAGUAUUUUUAUGUUUUUACAGUGUAAAAUCUAUAUUUACAUUAUUUGUAUGAUUUGAAGUUAGCAGAACAGUUGCACUUAAAGUACAGAAAGCUGCUAAGAGGUCAGCUUGUCUUUUUAUGAUCAAAGUCCUGUUGUGACCUUUAUUUUUUCUGCCUCCUUUUCAAUACCAUAUGCAAUUGUUUGUAGUGUGUCUG